AUGAUUAUGCUUUGGAAUCCUUCAAUCAGAAAAUCGAUCGCCAUUGCUGUGCCUGAGCCAGGUAUGUCUAAUAAGAUGGAUGAAACAGUUUUUGGUUUUGGUGUUUGUCCUGUUACUCAUGAUCCUAAGAUCAUCAUGAUUCAACAAUUUGCUCCCUUACAUGAAAAACCCAGCAAAAUCAACGACCCUCGUGAAGUUAUGCUUUACACAUUGAGUUCUGGGAAGUGGACAAGUCUAUCUCCUGCUUCUAGCAAUGUGCUGAGUAAAUCGAUCCGAGUUCAAUGGUAUGGGCAAGUUAUCGAUAGGUUUAUAUAUUGGUCUGGUUUGCAUCUGAAGGCUUUAAACAGUAGGCUGAUUAGAUGGAAUUGUAAUCUGAUUCUUUCAUUUGAUAUGACUGAUCAUACUUUUCAAGUGAUAGAUCUCCCAGAUAGUUUGGCGAAACACCCUCCUUCUAAGAUCUCCAUUUUUAAGCUAAGGGAAUCUCUUGUCAUAUUUCAAAGCAAUGAAAAGGAAAAACAGUGUCAUGAUGUUGUAUGGAUGAUGGAGAAUAAUGGUGUUGAAAAAUCGUUUACAAAGGUAUUCGCCAUUAUUGCACCUGAAUAUGGGUCGUCUAUUAGGGCAAUGGGACUCAGGAACAAUGGAACGCUUAUAAUGCAAGUGAAAAAAGAUUAUCGUUGUGAAGAAAGUGAAAUUGUUGUAUAUGAGCCCAAAACACAACACUUGAAUGCUCUUAAGAUUGAUGGAGUAAGGAGUUUCUCCACUGUGAAUUCGUACAAGGAAACACUAGUUUUGCUUGGUAGUGAAUAA